CGCUGUCCAGGAGGGGUGCCGAUUCAAAUGUCGGCGGUCGGUGCGAUGGUGCAGACGAAGGGGAAGGGGGACUCAACCGCCCUCGUCAGCAAGGUAGUGCGGAUGAGGUCGAAGGGGCGGGGGGACGCUGUUGCCCUCCUCAGCACGGAUCCGUUAGAGUCGGCUGCCAAGGCGGGAGCGCAGAACGAGUGGCCGUUGUGGCGGCUGAGCUUCGUCGCGCUUCCGUGCAUGUCGAUCACGGUCGUGUGGUCGGUCAUCAUGCCGUGCAGCGCCCCCUACCUGGUGGAGCUCGGGAUGAGCCCCGCAUCGGCCACCCUCAAUAACGUGGCGGGCCCGAUCUGCGGUUUCUUCACCUGCCCGCUGGUGGGCGCGCUGUCCGACUCGUCGACCUCGGCCUACGGGCGAAGGAGGCCCAUCAUCGUGGCCGCGCUCGGCGCCUUGUGGGUGUCCGGGCUCCUCUUCGCCUCCAGCGCGGCGUUGCUGCCCGCCGGCGCGGCCGCCGGCUUUGCGGCCUGCAUGCUGUGGCUGAUCGACAUCGCGCUCAACGCGCUGCAGACGCCCAUGAGGGUGCUGGUGGCGGACCUCGCGUCGAGCGGUCAGCAGGUGCAGGUGCAGGUGCUGGUCGCCUGCUUCCAGGCGGUCGGCUUCCUGGUCGGCUUCUCUAUCAUGAAGGUCUACGGCGGCGACGGCGGCCUCUCGGAGCACAUGCUCGAGACGCGGCCGGCGGGGGACGGCGCCGCCAGGCAGUCCAGCCCCGUGUCGGACGUGCUUCAGGCAGUGCGGGGGAGCUCCACGCUGCUGCGGCACCUGGCCGGCGUGCACUGCCUGGUGUUCGUCGGAGCGACGGUGUGGCUCUCGUACUCCGUGCAGUGGUUCGGCCUCUGCGUGUUCGCGGGCGAUCCCGCCGCACCCCCGGGCUCCGCGGCCCAUCGCUCGUACGCCUCGGGCCAGGAGGCGUUCGCGUACGGGGGGCAGUGCGGGUCGCUGCUGAAGCUGCUCAUGUCCCUGCUCCUCGUCGUCGCCCUCCACCGGACCACGCUGCCCCCCAAGGGCGCCUACGCCGCCUGCAUCUUCGUCGGGGCGGGCACCAGCUACGCGGCCGCAUUCUUCGUGAAGCACAACGCCACCUUCGCGACGGCCUGCAUGGCGCUGUCGGUGCUGCCCUGCGUCGGCGCGCAGGGCAUUCCUUGGGGCCUCAUCGCCGCCAGCAACAAGGCCGCCGAGGAGCAGGGGCUCCCCGUCAGCACCGCGCUGCAGAUGGCCCUGCUGAACUGCGGCCUCGUGGUCGGCCAGCAGCUCACCCACCUGACGCUCGCGGCGCUGGAGAGCUUCGUGGCGCCCACGCUGGCGCUCCCCGCCAUGCUGGCCACCGGCGCGGUGGCGCUGACCACGGCGGGCGCCGGCGCGCUCCUGCUCCCGAGCGGCGCCGAGGAGUGCGGGCGCGCUGGGCGCGCGCGCGCCGAGGAGUGCGCCGACGUGGAGCGCCACGGCGCCGACCUCUGA